CAGAGGGCUGUCUUUGCCUGGGAUCCCCUACUCAGGUUGUGGCGCUCCCGUCUCGGGGGUGUCCGGAGGAAGGAAAAGGCUCCCGCGGCCUCGGUCCUCCCGAGUUGAGCUGAGACAGUGCGGGAGGGGGGAGGAGGAGGCGGAGAUUCUCCUCCAUCCUGUCUUGGGAAAGGAAAUAGAAGAAGCCGGCAACAAGCUCCGCAAGAAAACUCUGGGCCGGAGGGAGCAGCCAUUGGAGGAACAGUCCGGCCCGCUACCGCCCACACUGGUGAUCUGAGCCUCCUCUGCCCAGGCCCACGAGCUCUCCCGUUACGAAAUUGGCCCCAGAGGAAGCCCGCCGUUCUUUGGGCCAGCAGGGAGAGAGCCCGGCCUCCUUCCACCCCGAGGACACAAUCGCCGCCCACCCCCAUUGGUUUGCAGCCAGCGCCGGAGGGGGAGGAGAGAAUGUCCCUGCGGCCCCCGCGCCGUCUGAGAGCCAAGAUGAGCCGGAAACGGCACCUGCCUGGGACCCCAGGACCGUUUUCUUUCCUUGGCAAACCUCCAAGACCUCAGCUGCGGCGGGGCGAGGCAGGCCCACUGUAGGCGCCGAGGAAUUGAGGGAAGGCCCUGGGGCCGUGGAGGCGGAGCUCACACUGGAUGCCUUCCGGAAGUGGGAAAAAGGGGAGGGUCAGCCUCUGGGGGCAGAGCGGGGAGUCCGGAAUAGGUACUAGGGCCGACGGAGAAGGCUCUGGGUAACCGGAAGUUCAGGUCGCUCAGAAAUUCCCUCCGCGCCGAGCCUCAAGCCUGGGUGCCCAUAUUCCAAUGGAAGGUCCCAAGUUACAAGGCCCCUUUUCAUGUUCCCUGGCCAUUCUUAGCAGAAGAGACCAAAUAGCUUUUCUCAUCUUCACUUGAUAGCCUCAUAAAACCAUCAAGACCUAAUUAUUCCUGCCUAUUGUUGAGAAUACCAUUUCCUCCUUAAAAGGCAACUCUUUAAACUGGAGCCAUAAUCUCCAAAGAAUCUUUCCAUAUAUGUUCAUCAAGUCUCAGGACUGAAGGUGGAAGCCCAGAGAAGUGCAUUUCUCCAUCCAAGGUUGCACAGCAAGGACAAAGUUAGCCUUGAACUCUGCCAUCAGACCCUAAAAAAUAUGUUUUUGUUUGUUUCUUUUUUACCAACCGACCCUCUUCAGUCGACCAAAGCGCCCUUGACCAGCUCCCCCAAAACCGCUCCAUUGAACAACUUGAUGUCCCUCCUUCAAUAGAGGAAGUCCCAAAAGCCAUCAAACAAAUGAGUGUAGGCAAGGCAACCAGUAAAGACGGGAUCCCAACCGAGGGGUGCAAGGCCUUAAAUGGAAAGGCGCUCCAGGCAUUCCACAUAGUGCUGACCAGCAUAUGGGAAGAGGAAGACGUGCCCUCAGAACUCAGAGAUGCCUCCAUCAUAGCCCUAUACAAGAACAAAGGCUCACGAGCAGCCUGUGACAACGACAGAGGCAUCUCAUUACUCUCCACUGCUGGAAAGAUCCUCGCCCGUGUUAUACUCAACAGACUCCUGUCAUCUGUUUCAGAGCAGAACCUGCCUGAAUCACAAUGUGGCUUCCAACCAGAUCGCAGCACCAUCAACAUGGUCUUCACAGUGAGGCAAAUGCAGGAAAAAUGCCUUAAGCAGAACCUGAGUCUCUACAUUGUCUUCAUAGACCUGACGAAGGCGUUCGACACAGUGAACAGGGACGCAUUGUGAGUGAUCUUUAGCAAGUUCGGUUGCCCAGCAAAAUUUGUCAAACUGAUCCAACUCUUUCAUGUCGACAUGACAGAGGAAGUCCUAUCUGGUGGAGAGACUUCUGAUCCCUUCAAUAUCUCCAAUGGUGUGAAACAAGGCUGCAUACUUGCUUUGGUGCUAUUCAACCUAUACUUCACUCAAGUAUUACGACAUGCUGUGAUGGAUCUAGACCUGGGCGUCUACAUCAAAUACCGACUGAAUGGCUCACUAUUCGACCUUCGCUGCCUGACUGCAAAAACAAAGACAACAGAGAGACUCAUCCUGGAAGCUCUCUUUGCAGAUGACUGUGCUCUCAUGGCCCACCAAGAAAAUCAUCUUCAAACCAUUGUGGACAGGUUCUCCACCGCAACAAAACUGUUUGGCCUGACUAUCAGCCUCGGCAAAAUAGAGGUGCUGUUCCAGCCUGCACCAGGGAGGCCAACGAACCAGCCGUGCAUUACAGUCGACGGCACGCAGCUUUCUAACGUCAACACUUUCAAGUACCUGGGCAGCACCAUCGCCAACGAUGGGUCCCUAGACCACGAGAUCAAUGCCAGGAUCCAAAAGGCCAGUCAGGCACUUGGGCGGCUGCUCUGCAAAGUCCUCCAACACAGAGGUAUAAGCACUGUGAUGAAGCUCAAAGUGUACAAUGCAGGGUCCUCAGCUCGCUCCUGUACGGUUGUGAGACAUGGACACUGUACCGGAAGCACAUGAAGCAGCUGGAGCAAUUCCACCAACGCUCCCUCUGGUCAAUCAUGAGGAUCCGAUGGCAGGAUCGAAUCACCAAUCAGGAAGUCCUCGACACAGCCAACUCCACCAGCAUCGAAGUCAUGGUCCUCAAAGCCCAGCUACGAUGGUCUGGACACGUCAUCCGAAUGGACCCACAGCGAAUACCAAGACAGGUAUUCUAGGGUGAACUGUCAGCUGGACUCGAGAAACAAGGCCGACCAAAGAAAAGAUUCAAGGAUCAGCUAAAGUCCAACUUGAAGUGGGCUGGCAUGACACCAAAGCAACUAGAACUCGCUGCCUCGGACAGAAGCAGCUGGCGAGCCCACAUUCACCAUGCUGCCACCACCUUUGAAGAUGAGCGAAGUCGACGUCUUGCCGCUGCGCGUGAACGCUGACACCAGGCCACAACUGCACCUCCUGUAACAACUGGUGUCCCAGGCCCCACGUGCCACAAACUGUGUGCCUCAGCCUUUUGACUCCAAAGCCACAUGAGGGUACACUGUAGAUGAAACUGCACAAAAACAAUAGUCAUUCUCGAUCACCGAGAGACUACUAUAUAUAUACAUAUAUACUUCAAUAAGCUCUUAAGAUCUGAAUUUUUCACAAAGUAAGACUAGUAGUUGGAUAGAGCCACCAUGGCAAAGUAGAAGAAAACUCAGACCACUGAAAUCCUCUCAAAAAUCCCUUAAAAUAAUGCUUCAAAAUGAAUUCUGUGAGGGAAUCAACAAAGGGACAAAGUAAAGCAAUUUUUCUGCAGAAAACAAUUUGGGAGUCUGAAAUCCUCUACUACUCCAGGUUCUGAACGUGGGCCCAAGCCCACAAGACCCUGAGACCCUGCCAAAGCCAACAGUAGUGCAAUCCCACACGCCUCUUAAAAUCUGAAAUCUGCACUGAGGCCCCAAGCCCCAGUGCAGGACAGAAGGACAUACUGAGCCCUUGCCCAAGCCUAAACACAUCCCAAAGUUCCACCUCAAGGCAGUCUGCAGGACAGAUAGCUCAUAUAAGCCUAGAUUUAGGUCUAGAGCUACUACCCAAACUGUGAAGAUUGGAUUAGCUAUCUCCUGAUUGUAACAAUGAAGAUUCAUAGCUCUUUAUAGUCAAAAUAAAAUUGUAAUGUCCUGAUUGUAACAA